AUGGGUGCAAGGAGGACUGCAAGUGGGGCCAGAGGGGACAGUGAGACCUGUGUCCACUGGAGGAAGAACAGCCUGAGCGUGCAGUACCCAGAGGCCACCCCCACCAUGCUGAAGACCGUCUGUAGGGUGCCAGGGCAGACAGAGGCGCUCAAGAGUUUCCAAGAGGAUGUGGUGUCCGACCCCUCCAUGGCAUACCCCUACCUCCUCUUAUAUGAGAGCUGCCAGAGGCGCUACCUGAGCACCCCAAAGGAUGGCACACCCCGUGGCAAGGACAGGUUCCUAGCCUACCCCUGUGCAGUGGGCCAAGAGACCUUCUCCUCAGGGAGGUACUACUGGGAGGUGGGCAUGAACCUCACUGGUGAUGCACUGUGGGCCCUGGGCGUGUGCAGGGGCAACGUGAGCCGGAGGGGCAGGGUCCCCAAGUGCCCAGAAAAUGGGUUCUGGGUGGUGCAGCUAUGCAAGGGAAAGAGGUAUGCACCUACCAUGUCUGCCCGGACACCCGUCACGCUGACUGAGCCCCCCAGCCACAUGGGCAUCUUCCUGGAUUUCGAGGCCGGAGAGGUGUCCUUCUACAAUGUGAACAAUGCCCACCCGCAUACCUACUGCCAGCCCGCCUUCUCUGGCCCCCUGCAACCCUUCUUCUGCCUUGGGGCCCCCAAAUCGGGCCAGAUGGUCAUCUCUACAGUGACCCUAUGGGUGAAGUGA